CCCCGCCUCCUCUCAUACUGCAACUAAGCUUUGCACUUUUCAGAAUAAAUACUUUUCAAGCUAUUAGUGGCAAUAUGGCGACGACCAUGGCAUCUCAAACGCCACCUUCUAUGCUUCCUUCAAGCAGCCACUCGGAAGGGCGAUGGAAGUACCUUGACAACAUUAGGAAGGGCCAGGGCGGUUUUACCGAUGAAAGUUAUGAGAUCGACGAAGAUGGCAAUAGUACGAGCGGUGGUAGGAUUGAUAUCCAAGAACAGAUGAAGAUAUUGGUAAUAGGGGCUGGAGGCUUGGGUUGCGAGAUAUUAAAGAACCUAGCCCUAUCAGGGUUUAAGGACAUUCAUGUCAUUGAUAUGGACACAAUAGACGUCUCAAAUUUGAACCGUCAGUUUUUGUUCCGCCAUAGCGAUGUUGGGAAAUACAAAGCUGAGGUCGCUGCGAAGUUUGUCAUGAAACGAGUAACGGGUGUCAGAAUCACGCCCCAUAAUUGCAUGAUUCAAGAUAAAGAUGAUUCUUUCUACAUGCAGUUUGGGAUGGUCGUCUGUGGGCUCGAUAGCAUCGAGGCACGGCGGUGGAUUAAUUCACAGCUGGUAGAGCUGUUUGACGAGGAGAACCCCGACAGCCUCAAACCGUUGAUUGAUGGUGGGACAGAAGGUUUCAAGGGCCAAUCGAGAGUUAUAAUACCAACUAUGACUUCUUGUAUAGAGUGCCAACUUGAUAUGCACGCCCCCCGCGCAGCAGUGCCGCUCUGCACGUUGGCCACGAUCCCAAGACAGCCAGAACACUGUAUCGAAUGGGCUCAUAUCAUCGCAUGGGAGCAAGAAAAGCCAUUCUCAAAACUUGACAAUGAUGAUCCAAAACAUAUCACCUGGCUCUACGGGAAGGCCCUGGCCAGAGCACAAGAGUUCAAUAUCAGUGGCGUUACGUAUUCUCUCACCCAAGGCGUGGUGAAAAACAUCAUUCCUGCGAUUGCUUCCACAAAUGCAAUUAUCGCCGCAAGCUGUUGCAACGAGGCAUUCAAGCUCGCAACCUCGGCUGCCCCAUCGUUGGGCAUGGAGGAGAAUUAUAUGAUGUACAGCGGCAACGACAGCAUCUACACGUUCACAUUCAAACACGAGAAGAAAGACGACUGUCCUGUUUGUGGUAACCUUCCGCGUGACCUAGAGGUUGACAGAGAAUGGACAUUGCAAGAGCUUAUUGAUGCUUUGGCGAUUGUUCCUGGCGCACAGUUAAAGAAGCCCUCUGUUCGUGCAGAGGGGAAAUCGCUUUAUAUGCGGAGCCCGGCGAGUCUCGAAGAGGCCACGAGACCAAAUCUCGAUAAGAAAGUCAGCGACUUCGUGAACGAGGGCGAUGAACUUGCAGUUACUGAUCCUGCUUUCGCUCGCGUCAGUUUUAGAUUCCGCAUCAAGUACACUUAGGGGAAAUGGUGAAACCAGACAGUAGCGAUAUGUGGUCUCGACAUUGCCAUAGAGAAAACUGGUUCACUUAAGUUAUGACCAUGGUAGAGCACAAUGCAAAAAACCAACAUAUGGCAAGACUCAAAUCCUAGGUCCGGUGUGAAUCUAUUGAUUGCAUGUUUUACAAAAUCUACCUGCCCAACGCCAGCUUCCUUAACUCCGAUAAAUGCUCCUGGGGUAAAACAGCCUUUCCAACUCAUCCGAGAGUAUUAUUUGGUCAUUAAUGAAAGGUUCCGCUUAAACCUCACACAUUUUUGCUUCAGAGCCUUGAUCGACUCGAGAAAGAGCUCGUCGCUGUCCCAUUGUCCAGUGCUUUCGAUCGAAAAUAUAAAGUGAUCCCUGAUGCGACCAAGCUUGACUUUGCCUUGGAAUUCUUCAUGUCGCAAGCACUCUCUGCUGACCGUGUCCUUCAUCGUAUCCUUCACAACUGCUUUCUUCUCGCCCGCAUGGCCUUCGUACCCGCUGCCCGGAGUGCUCGCCUCCUCUUUUGUGACCUUCUCAAACCCAAUGACGCCUUUGGGGAAGCACUUUGCGAACUUCUCGGCGUCAUUUCCAAGUAUUGGCUUCAAAAUAGUUAUGGUUGGCAAUAAUCGGUACGAGGCUGUCGCAACAGGAC